CCGGCUUCAUUCACGAGGCAUUUCUCAAUACUUCUCAUCCAAAUGGCGUGAGCCCUGUUUUGUGCGCGCUGAUUCAUACCGGAUAUCCAUCCACAAAGAAAACAAGUCGCUGCAGCCACCACGGGAACAUUGCAAUAAAAAUACCCUUUUGGAACCUUCCCUGUGAAAGAAAACAUGAUGUCUACGGCAUCACCUGAGACUGAGAGCAGUGAAGCUCUGAGCGAGAAAAUCAGUCGUCUCAGCAGUGAAUGGAGCCCUGGAACAAGUGUGAGCCACUUCUUCGUCGAAAAGCUAUGGCCACAGAUUCAACCCGAGUAUGAGGAGAUGCUCGUAGCGGUGAGCGAAUACCUCAGAAAGCAAAUCAGCAUGGACAGGAAUAUUUCUGGUGUCACUGCCUUCAUCGAGGGGCGCGUCAAAGGAUCCGAUUCGAUCUACAAGUCCAUUCAAAGGCGCAAGGAAACUCGAAUAAUCGCAAAUCCCGAGCACGUGUUACACGAGGUUCAUGACUUGAUCGGACUGAGAAUCAUCGUUGAUACUCGAGGAAAUAUUCUAAAGAUGGAUGAUUUUAUUGAGCAGCACUUUCGGAAAGUACAAUCGAAGGAUGUGGUGAUUUUCUCCCCAUACAGGCAGAACCUUCAGGAUCCUCAAAAGCCGACUGAGUUCGGUGCCUAUGAAACACACAAUCACUACAUACAUUUGCCGGAAAGUUGCGAACUCACUCGUUUUCACAAGGUUAUGCUUGAAAUUCAGGUUACAACCAUCGGCGAAGCUCUGUUCAACAUCUUUGACCACGAGCUGACCUACAAAGGUUACGCUGGCCCCCUUCAGGGCCAAGAUCCAGCCUGGCUUGACACCCUUCAUGGAGCUGCGAAACAAUUGGGGAUAGCCAUGAGCCAUCUCACAGGUGGACAGACUGGAGGAAGCAAGGCGUCACGAGCACACACGCUCCUAAAACAGUUCACCGGGACUGUGAAAGAGGCACGCUCAUCACACCCACGACAGUUGACCCUCGAAGAUACGGACCAGAGCCUGCGUCGAUUGCUGUGCUCGCUUGCCGAUGAACUCAAUUCUCUGAUACCCAAUAGCCAGGGGGCUACCGACAAGCAACGCGAAAAGCUGGUCCAAAGCUUCAAGUUUCCCCAAAUGAACGACCGCCGUAACAAAGUAGUCGACUCCUACUCGGAUACAUUUUACUGGAUUUUCAAACGAGAUGACCAGAUCAAUGCAGCAGUCGAGACAGCUCAUGCUCAGAUGUGUUACCAUUGGUACAGCGUCGACAACUGUCCCAGUAGAGGCCGACACCCUCGACAUUGUGACAGUUUCAGCGACUGGAUGCAGUCCGAGUCCAAAUUAUACUGGCUGAGCGGAAAGCCUGGUUCCGGCAAAAGCACGCUGGUCAACUUCAUCCUUCAAGAUUCGCGCACGCAAGAGUUUCUCGAUCGGUGGAAACCUGGUGCUAUUACAAUAUCGCACUUCUUCUGGAAAGCCAGCAGUUCUUCAAUGCAGAAAAAUAUGAAAGGGAUGUUCUGCUCUCUCCUGCACCAGCUCGCGUUUCAGAACGAAUAUGUUCAGCAUCUGGUUAUGAGUAGGAUUCCGAACUGGUCAAACAAGGAUGACUAUUCAGACUGGUGCGAAAAGGACCUUUCUUCUCUUCUAGACGAGAUUCUUACCUCGAUCCCGGCGCCGGUAUUUCUGAUGAUUGAUGGACUAGACGAGAUCUUGACGGACGAGACUCUGGACCUGCUAAGCGCAGUAGCCCGGUUUCGGGAGCUGCGAAACGUCAAAGUCUGUGUCUCAAGCAGGCCAGAACCGCUGUUUCAAAGGGAAUUCGAUACCGAAAAACAACUUAGGUUACAAGACCUUACGAGGGGUGAUAUGCAAAAUUUUGCUUCUAGCAUAAUCACCAAGGACUGGUACACAGCGAGAGGAUAUGACCAAAAGGGUGUUGAUGAACUUAAAGACUUGCUGGCAAGCAAUGCCGAAGGCGUCUUCCUCUGGCUUCGCCUGGCUGGAGAGAAUCUCAAACGUGGUUAUCGCAAGGGUGAUACAUUAAAGGACCUGCGAAAUCGCCUUGAAACCCUUCCUCGGGAGCUCAACGAUCUCUACACGGAAAUGUGGCGACGGCUUAAUGAGGACACACAGUCGAAUCGCGAAAGCGGAGCGUCUUACAUUAAUAUUCUGCUCCAUAUUGGAUCAGAUUCCGAUUUUUUCCUUAUGAACUCAUUGGCGUUCCUUAUGACCUCAACCAAUCAUGAAAUACAACGCAAGUACGUGGGACACUUGGACGAAGCUGUCAACUGGGUCCAGUUCGUAUCACUUUGCGAAGAGACGCGGAGGCUCGUGGAAAAUCGGUGUGCCGGGCUCUUUCAAGUCACUACAACGACUGCCAAUCCCCAUGAGAGGCUAUCCGUUGAUUUACCUCAACAACAUCCGGCUAUUGGGGAUAUUUUGCUUCUCGACGUUAGCAUCGUGCACCGCUCAGCCUACGACUUUCUGAACGAGUCCGUGGAAGGGUUGAAAAUCCGAAGCCUCGAUCAUUCUUCGGCAGAUGAUAGGAAUUACAAGCUGCUGCAGGGCUACCUGGUUCUCGCAACAAUUCUCGGCAAGCAUUUGACCAGGCGAUUCUGGUUUGAUCAAGCGGUAUGGUACCUGGGGUGUUACGAUGAAAUAUCCGAAAAACUACUGCAAACAUUUGUUGAACUUGUACAACCGCUGCUUACGGCAGGUCUCUUGGAGGAAGACGAUGUGGAUUUCUGCGAUCUUUCAACUCCCCUCCAACGUCAUAUAAUCACAUAUUUGGCCAAACAACCCAAACAACGAGCAUCCCGGAUCUUACGCGAAUGUUUAAUACCGGGCCAGAACACACACAUCUUCAACUCUAAUCAAGAUUGUGGCAUUUUGGACAUAACCAACGACCAAGAAGUUGAUGUAUGGGCUAGAGGUGCGGUUGGUGGCAACCCACGUCACUUUCUGCCCUUCACUCAAAUUGAUAUCUGGCCGGCGCACAAUUAUCUGGACACAAUAACUUACUUGUCGGCGGGUGCUUUGAUUCUGUUCCAAGAGCUCAAUCACUCUGAAUACGAGUCCAGAUUAAGAUUAGUGGAGUUUAAUGCACGUCUCCAUGAGUAUCCCCAUGUUUAUGACAGGCUUUUCUGGUCCGAUUGCAACGAGUUCAUCCCAUUCACAAUCGGAUACUGGAAUUGGAAUAAGGAUCGUGAAGAAGGGGAUUGGAGUUUCAGCAUUUACCCAUUUGUGAAGAUGGGGGUCGUCAAUGUUGGGGAUGACUGCAUAUUCGUCACACUAAAAUGCAAUUUGGCAUUUUUGGCAAAGAUGCUUUCCGACUCAGAAUCAUCAAAGGAGUUUGCUGCUAGCCUCAUGCUAGUCACGUACAAUUGGACAUAUGCGCAGGGUAGGAAUCGCAUUUCAUCAAUCCUCCCAGCAAGCGAGCAGGUUUCUACAGAGAUUAUGGAUGAAAAAUGGUCAUGUUUUCAAAGCAUGAACGAUGGAGGCAUUGCGCUGGAGAAGACGCUGAAGAUGGUGCGGGAGUAUUUCUGCAGUGAGAACAGUGAGAACAGUGACUUUAAGCCCCUCGAAGAACCUGUGGGACAUUUUUUAGCAAGAGAAGAUUGUGGCUACAAGUUUGUCAAGGAUAUUGACCCAGAGGAGCUGGAGCCGGACUUGAUGAUCAACGGUUUUUGA